GUUGAAAUUGCCAUUGCAGGAUGGCAUGCCGCUAUAAAUUCAUUGUUCCACCUCCUCGCAUCUUCACAGCGCUCGCGCUGCUCUCGGCGCUCGCAGCGGCCGACUGGGGAUGACGGCGGCAGGAAGACGCUGCAUCCGAAGGGACCCGGACGCGCCGCUCCACUGGCUCCCCGCAGGCCGCCUCUUGCGUUUUUUCCUUUAAUUUUUAUGGCUUUCCCCCCUCUCUUUCCUUUCCUCCUCCUGGUGCUCGUAGAGUCAAGGAAACCCACAAAAUAAGAAAGGGAGCGGGCUCCGGAGCUUGGACCCCCGCUGCCGGCGGGUGCAGAGCAGCAGGGGGCGGGAGGCAGCGCGCACCAGUUGCCCGCCGGGUGCGCGGCACCAGCCUUACUUUUUUCUUCGUGCGGCGCUAGCGGCUGCAUUUGGGGUUGGAUUGGUUGUUGUUCUUGUCCCCCACCCCCUGACCCCCACCACCACCACCACCACCACCACCACCUUCCUCAUACUUGCGGAAGCCCCCAGAGCCCGGCUUUUCUUGUCUUAAAUUUUCCCCCCCCUCUUCUCGGAGCACCAAUCCCAACAUUUUGCAAAGCAACAAAGAAAAGUUCGCACGCUGGCACUGAGGCCCGGGACAGGCUGGCGCUGCCGCCGGGUCCCCGUCCUUCCGACACUUGACUCGACCUUGCAAGCCAGUGCGUGUGUGUGUGUGCGUGUGUGUGUGUGUGUGCGCGCCCCCACCUCCCGCCCCGGUGACUUCCAGAGCGAGUAACAGAUACCCAUCAAGUCCCCGUGGCGCGGCCCCUCCCCGCGGGCAGCGCACUAUGCUGCUCGGGUGGGCGUCCCUGCUGCUGGGCGCGCUCCGCCUGCCCCCGGUCGCGGCCGGCCCCGCCGCGGCACCUGCCCAGGAUAAAGCCGGGCAGCCUUGGGCUGCAGCAGCGGCCGCCCAGCCCCGCCGGCGGCAGGGGGAGGAGGCGCGGGAGCCGGCCGAGCCUCCGGGCCACCCGCACCCCCUGGCGCCGCAGCGCAGGAGCAGCGGGCUGGUGCAGAACGUCGACCAGAUCUACGCGGGCGGCGGCAAGGUGGGCUACCUCGUCUACGCGGGCGGCCGGAGGUUCCUCCUGGACCUGGAGCGAGAUGGCUCGGUGGGCGCCGCUGGCUCUGCGCCUGCAGGACGCGGCCCGGGUGCGCCCCGGCGCCACCGGGACCACUGCUUCUACCGCGGCACGGUGGACGGCAGCCCCCGCUCGCUGGCCGUCUUGGACCUCUGCGGUGGGCUCGACGGCUUCUUCGCCGUGAGGCACGCGCGCUACACCCUGAAGCCGCUGCUGCGCGGGCCGUGGGCCGGGGCCGGGGCCGGGGCCGAGGCCGAGCGAGUGUACGGGGACGGGUCCCCGCGCAUCCUGCACGUCUACACCCGCGAGGGCUUCAGCUUCGAGGCCCUGCCGCCGCGCACCAGCUGCGAGACUCCCGCGUCCCCGCCGGGGCCUCGCGAGCGCCCCCCCGCGCACAGCAGCCCGGACCCACGCUGGUCGCCGGCCCCGCCGUUCCCGGCCCCGCCGGCGGCCUCCCCGGAUGGGGGCCGGGGACCCCAGACGUGGUGGCGGCGGCGGCGCCGCUCCAUCUCCCGGGCCCGCCAGGUGGAGCUUCUCCUGGUGGCAGACGCGUCCAUGGCGCGGAUGUAUGGCCGGGGCCUGCAGCAUUACCUGCUGACCCUGGCCUCCAUCGCCAACAGGCUGUACAGCCACGCCAGCAUCGAGAACCACAUCCGCCUGGCCGUGGUGAAGGUGGUGGUGCUGGGUGACAAGGACAAGAGCCUGGAGGUGAGCAAGAACGCGGCCACCACUCUCAAGAACUUUUGCAAGUGGCAGCAUCAGCACAACCAGCUGGGGGAUGACCACGAGGAGCACUACGACGCGGCCAUCCUGUUUACGAGAGAGGAUUUAUGUGGGCAUCAUUCAUGUGACACCCUGGGAAUGGCAGACGUCGGGACCAUAUGUUCUCCGGAGCGCAGCUGUGCUGUGAUUGAAGAUGAUGGCCUCCAUGCAGCUUUCACCGUGGCUCACGAAAUUGGACAUCUACUUGGCCUCUCCCAUGAUGAUUCCAAAUUCUGUGAAGAGAACUUUGGUUCCACAGAAGAUAAACGCUUAAUGUCUUCUAUCCUGACCAGCAUCGAUGCGUCCAAGCCCUGGUCCAAGUGUACUUCAGCCACCAUCACAGAAUUCCUGGAUGAUGGCCAUGGUAACUGUCUGCUGGACCUGCCACGCAAGCAGAUUCUGGGACCCGAAGAGCUCCCGGGACAGACGUACGACGCCACCCAGCAGUGCAACCUGACAUUUGGGCCCGAGUACUCCGUGUGCCCCGGGAUGGACGUCUGCGCUCGCCUGUGGUGUGCCGUGGUGCGCCAGGGCCAGAUGGUGUGUCUGACCAAGAAGCUGCCAGCCGUGGAAGGGACACCAUGUGGGAAGGGGAGGAUCUGCCUGCAGGGCAAGUGUGUGGACAAAACCAAGAAAAAAUAUUAUUCAACAUCAAGUCAUGGCAACUGGGGAUCCUGGGGGUCCUGGGGCCAGUGUUCCCGCUCAUGUGGGGGAGGAGUACAGUUUGCCUAUCGCCACUGCAAUAACCCCGCACCCAGAAACAAUGGUCGCUACUGCACAGGGAAGAGGGCCAUCUACCGCUCCUGCAACGUCACGCCCUGCCCACCUAACGGUAAAUCUUUUCGUCACGAGCAGUGUGAGGCCAAAAAUGGGUAUCAGUCUGACGCAAAAGGAGUCAAGACAUUUGUGGAAUGGGUUCCCAAAUAUGCAGGCGUCCUGCUGGGAGAUGUGUGCAAACUGACCUGCAGAGCUAAGGGCACUGGUUACUACGUGGUGUUUUCUCCAAAGGUGACGGAUGGGACAGAGUGCAGACCGUACAGUAACUCUGUCUGUGUCCGGGGGAAGUGUGUACGAACUGGCUGUGAUGGCAUCAUUGGUUCGAAGCUGCAGUAUGACAAGUGUGCAGUGUGUGGGGGAGACAACUCCAGCUGCACGAAGGUGGUUGGCACUUUCAAUAAAAAAAGUAAGGGUUACACUGACGUGGUGAGGAUCCCCGAAGGGGCAACCCACAUCAAAGUCCGGCAGUUCAAAGCCAAAGACCAGACUCGAUUCACUGCCUACUUAGCCCUGAAGAAGAAAAACGGUGAGUACCUCAUCAAUGGGAAGUACAUGAUCUCCACCUCAGAAACCAUCAUCGACAUCAACGGAACAGUCAUGAACUACAGCGGCUGGAGCCACAGGGAUGACUUCUUGCAUGGCAUGGGCUACUCAGCCACAAAGGAAAUUCUAAUAGUGCAGAUUCUUGCAACAGAUCCAACGAAAGCAUUAGAUGUCCGUUACAGUUUUUUUGUUCCCAAGAAGUCCACCCAAAAAGUCAACUCAGUCACCAGCCAUGCCAGCAAUAAAGUGGGGUCGCACACUCCACAGCUGCAGUGGGUGACAGGCCCAUGGCUUGCAUGUUCUAGGACCUGUGACACGGGCUGGCACACCAGGACGGUGCAGUGCCAGGACGCAAACCGCAAGUUAGCAAAGGGAUGUCUUCUCUCUCAGAGGCCUUCCGCAUUUAAGCAAUGUUUGCUGAAGAAAUGUUAGCCUGUGGUUGUGAUCUUAUGCAGAGAUAACUAGAUGUUUCAUCACGGAGCAGUCAUGGCCAAUGGUGGUGAUCAAUCGUGGUGAACAAGAGGUCUCCCUAAAGCACAGAAAGUCACACUUCAAUGGCAUUGUCAACAGGAGUCUAAUUAUGGGCAGAAUCUGCUCUCGGUGACCAAACGAAGAUGUGCACCAUUUCAUGUGACAGUGGUGACCUUGGAAUAUAGAAAAAUUUGGGAGUUCUGAACAUACCCUGGGCUACAAGAAUGAAAAAACACUGAUAAAUGUAGAAUCAGGGGACUUUUGAAGAUGGAAGAACAACGGUCUCCCCCUUGUCACCUACCUCUUAUAGAAUGUCUUCGAAGGCAUCAUAAUCAUUAUCAUCCACAAUACACAGUAGCUUAUUUUUACUGUUUGUAAAUACGUUCUCCCUUGGUAUGUCACUUUAUAUCACUUGGUUCUAUUAAAAAUAUGUAUAUAUAUAUAUGCACAUAUAUAUACAUAUAUAUAUUUCUAUAAAAAAAUGUUUGACCAAAGUAGGUCUGCAGCUAUUUCAACUCCUUCUAGUUUCCAGAAAGAGCUGUGGAUGUUUUACUGGAAAUUAAGAACUUGCUGCUGUUUUAAUAAGAUUUUGCAUACUUUCAGACUACAGGAGAUCAAAUUUUAGUCAAAAACCAUUUUGACAGCAAGCAUCUUCUGAGAAAUUCUAAAAAGAAAAAGGAUCUCAGUGUAUCUAGUCAUUUAAAUACAUGCACGGGUCCAUUUCCUUAAACUUUUGACUGCCUGGAAGUUUCAGGCACCCAGCCAAAUUGACGCAUAAUUAGGAUGCAGAAGUAGUGUUCGCGUGUGUGUAUGUUAUGAGUAUUCAAGAGUCUAAAAACUAGUUUCUACCCUAAAAACUAGUUUCCUUGUGUUAGAAUUUAAAAGGAAAAAAAAAAAGGCAUACUUCACCAUAGUCUUGAUUUAUACUUUCACACCACUUUCCCGUUCAGAAGCUUUCAUCCGAUAUCUUACAUAGUGUAAUAUUCAUUCAAAACACACAGCAGAGAGUUUUCUGUUCACAUCCAACACCUUCAACACUGGUAUACCUCUUACCAGCAAGCCUUUAAAAUGUGUUUGUUUUCGCUUGUAUGUUUGUUCAAGGGUUCUGUAAGACCUGCAAUGUUUUGUACUUCUUGUUGACUUAGUAUAAUAGGAGUAUUAAAGAUCACUCUGUAGUUAGCCACAUCUAGAAGUGGUUAUCAUUAAUGUGGCUCAUGCAAAAAAAAGAAAAUAGUGGUUAAUACUAAUAAGACUGUUUCCACACCGUACAGGCAAUAAUUUCUUGCAUUUUCUUUUUAAAUCCAAGUAUACUGAUACUGUACUUAAGAUUUUUCCCAAUUGGAAAGCAUUUGGUUGUACCAGUAAGUGUUUGGGUGAUGAAAUGUGAUGAUUUUUGAGAAGUUUGUUGCUUCUAUUUCUGUAGUCUGUCUUGGUAGGUUAUAAGUUUGGAUGUUAGAGAUGGAAAAGUUUUACAAUCAUAUGCAUAAAAGUCUUUUUUUUUUUUUAAACAGUAAACUGCACCUCUCCACCCCAUAGCUCAGAAAAUCCAAGAUGUUCAGUUUCAUUGGGAUUUCUUUUUCUUUAUGAAAUAUUACAAAGACAAUUGUUUGUUAUAAAAUUUUAUAAUAACCAUACCAAAUGUGCCUACUGUUAAAGAUUUGCAUAUAAAGAUGUUAAGGGACCAUUGUUUGAGUUCCCUUAAGCUCACAAGAGUUUAUUUUUAUUAGAAGAUAUUUUUAAUAUAAAAGAAUUAUGUAAUUGAUCUAGCUAUAUCACAUUCAUUUCAGGGGGUGAAGAUGUCUCACUGUUUUAAAUAUUUCCUUAAGAAAUUAUUUGGUAAAGCAAAAUAAUUGUUUUACAAAACUAAUGAUCAUCCUUUGGCUUUUCAUAGACUAUCAUUGCUUUAGACAUGGUCAUUUACUCUUAAUAAAUUAUUGAUUAGAGAAGUGAAGCCCAACAUUUGGCCAUAUAGAACAUUUGGCCUCCAUACAUUUGAUGGAGGUCACCAGAUACCAGGGAGAGGGAACAACGCUUUUCAAAUCAGUCAGAAAAAAGUCAAAUCACACUAUUUGACUAUUCCAAGAGAACUAAUAGCGAGGCUGACAUUACAUUUUCCCAAUUUUUGAAAUAAUUUUAAUCAAUUAACAUAAUUCUGACAAAGUUUAUUUUUAUCUUUUAUAGUUACAGUCACAGCAAUAUUAAGAAAUAACUGAAGGGCACAAAUGCUUGUCUCCUAUUCUGCUUCUCUAUACUGUAUUCAUAGAUUUUUUUUAGUAUGAUUUAUCAUUUAUUUUUCCCCAAAAUAAUGAAGUUUUAUACUUCUCAUUGAAACAAUCCUAGAGAGCUUAAAAGGAAUAAACCACUAUUCCAUGCUUUUAAGGAGUUUUCUUUAGUGUUUUCAUACAAAUAUCAGUAGAUUGACUGAGGAAUGUAUAUCUAUCUCAACUCUUGAGAAAAAUAAUAGAGACUGGAAACUGAAAUUCAGAGAAAUGGAGUGUUCAGUAGAUGUAGGGAAUAAAGGGAAAAUCCUCCAUAACAAAAUCUAAUUUAGUCCAGUUGGAUGUUGGACAAUGCACGUCACCUUUUCAGACUUGCAUCGUGAAUAGAGUCUGGAAUUCACGAUGCUGAGGCUCCUUCCUUGGGGGGGGGAAAAAAAAGGUUUGUCUGUAAAUGCUCAGGUUAGUAAGAAUCUAAUCCCACAGAACUAAACACUCCAGAUUAAGUUUCACUGAAUAAAGGGAGCCCAGAAGAAAAUAGCAUUUCUUUCUUCUGGAAUAGGAAAGUCCAAAUUAAGCCCUGCCUUGUUGUUUGAAGGUUUAAGGGCGUUGUUUUAAUCUAUUCAGUAAAUUCAACUUCCUUUGCCUUCCUGUGGAAACAGUUUUAUCCCAUUAAACUAAAAAUUAAGGGAUUAAUCACAAACAAAAAUAAAGUUGCAGCACUGAAAAAAAAGUAAUUUAUUGUUUUUGCGACUGGUAUGUGAAUUUGUGUGAUAAAAGUAUUUAUUCUUAUUUAACAAAAAUAUGUGCAAAUUCUAUAUUUAAAAUGUUUUGCUGUUGUCCUACUUUUAAUUUAUGCUUCAUGUUUGUGUAUAAAGUACACUUUGUGAGUUUACAUAAUUACAGCACUGGUUGCUUUUGUAUUUUUUUACAGAAGGCUUUCUGCGUGAUACAGGCAUAUAUGUAUAUAUUCCUCACAUAUCCUUAUUCUGAUAUUAUAGUUUUCCUUUCUAAGAAAGUUUUCAAUUUAAUCUGUCUUGACCAGUAGUGUUCACUACUUGUAGUUACAUUAAUAGGUCUUUGGGUUUCAUUAAUACUAAUUUUUUCAAGUCACAGAUAAGAAAAACAAUAAAGCAACUAAGGUCUAAGUUCUAAACUUGAUAUAUAAAUAGUCUGGAAUCUUCCCAUAGAAGCUAAGAAAUAGUUGAGAAUCAGGUCUAUUCACUUCACUGAUAAACUCGGACAAGGAGCUGUUGAUGUUUUAUAUGAAGUUUGUGUACACACAAUAUAUGAUAGACAUUGAUGUUAAUAAAACCAAAUAUUGUCAUUUGCUGCUUUAAGAACACUCCUUAAAAAUUAAUAUCAGUUAGUCUCUAGUAUUGGUAGGAUUCUAUAGUGAGAAUAAACAAAUUGCAUUUAAGUGAUUCAAAUAUUAGUAGUCAUGGGUGUUUCCACAAAUAUGGGGUCUCCAUUGAUUGAGUGUGACUUUGUACUACUACUAAUGAAUCUUAUGGAGUGAAAAUAGGACUUGGGACAAGCAGGGACACCUUUGAUCACAUCAGCUUGCCUCUGACUAGGAUUUCAGUCUGGUCACAGCAAUAAGGCAAAGCACCCUUGGAUAUACAAUUGACCAGACCAAUCUCUGGUUCUGAUGUUUCCCCCAUUGACCCCUUCCUUAGUAAAGGUCAUUUCAAUGGUUUAGGUGAACACAGCAAGCAGAUUCAAUGAAGUCUAGGACUUGUGUAUGGCUUAGAGUUCACUUUUUUGUGAAAUAAGAUUGAAUUUUAAUAAUGGCUAAAUUUUGCUAAUAGUUUAUGACUGAGGAUUGGUGAAUAUUAUUAAUCUAUUUAUAAUUAAGCUUAAGGCAAUAAAAUACCUUAUAUUUUUUAAGAUUUCAAGCUUGAUAAAUGAAUAACUAUGAGUACAGAAAUGGUCAUCCAAAGCUAUCAUAGAAUCAAGGUCAAGGUGAUCUAUCAGACACACAAAAAAAUGAACUCGUAUAUUUUCUCUAUCAUUUUUCUCACUUGCCAACAACCUGUAGUUUUAAACUGCCAAAAAAUUAGAACAAUUUAGCUAAUUAAUCCACUGGAAAAAAAAAAAAAAAAAAAAAACAAUCUUCCCAAUAGUCUCCCCGCUAACAACUAGAGAAAUACUUCUCAAGUUAUAUGAUCACGAAACACAUCAAUCUAUACUGCAUAAUUAUCUUCUAGUCCAUCAACAUAUGGGAACAUGUUGAAAUAAGAACCCAUUCCAUUAGUGAGACAAAAAUGGAAAUAUACAUGAUGUUCAGAUCACAAAAGUAUUCAAUCUGCCAAAUGCCAGUGUGAUGAUACCAUAAUUCUCAAUCCAGAUUUUGUGGGAAAAAAAUAAAAGAAUAUGUUGUUAGAAGUUGUUGGUUUUAAAAGAGACUAAGAUUGAAAUGUACAUAUUAGUUAACCCAGUUAAUUGCACCUUCCUAAUAUAGUAGCACUUUAGCAGUAAGUUGGCUACCUGUGGUUCUUAUCCUGGAGCUCCACCAGCUGGCCCAUGUGGACUGCCAGAGAUCAAUGAAAAACCAAACAGCCCAUCCCAUCUUAAGGCAUGGCCACAUCAGAGUGAUCCAAAGUCUAACACUGUGAGGAAAACUGUGAUUUGUAAAUAAAGCAGCAUUCUUUUUGUUUGUUUGUUUUCUUUUAGCACAUCCAAUGAACAAUUGUCAUUUUUAAUCAAGGUGCUAACAUCUUCAGUGAGAACUGUCAAAUGUGGUAUUUCUGAGUUGCUAUCUUAUUCUACAUGAGUUUUCAAUUUGCAAAAGAGAACUCUUAAGUUUUGGUGAAGGCAGGACACAACUUGAUACUCAGUGUUUGGGAAAUUGCUCCUAGUGGUCAGUCUGAUCAGGGCUCAGUGACAUAAGCCAUAGGUACAUCAAGGAUGUUUAAGGUGGCAUCAGAACUCGAAGGGUAUCAGGCUAGAACGGACUUUCAGAGGACUCAUGUUUCAUCACUUACUAAAUCAUCAAUGUUCCUUUCAAACAUGCCUUUCAAAUGAACUUGUUUGUUUCCUUACACAAACUUGUAUGUGUAUUUAGCCUGUUUUUAGCAUUACAAUAUUUUAUGUCCAUGGCGAAUACUUGGCUACUACUUCUUGGUCUUUUCUUUGACAGUCACAGCAUAUUAGAAGCACUUCAGCCCAGACUGCGAACAUAAUUAGAAUAGGAGAUCAUGUUGUGUAUGACUUUGUGAGACUAGACUUUUCAUUAAGAAACAUACAUUGUCUCUGGAUGGUGUUUGCAUUACACGCUCAGGCAUGACGUAAACGUAGGAGUUGACAAAUACUGCUUACAUUUUAGUUAUGUUGUAGGAAAAGAAAUCAUGCACAUGCUUUAUAGAUAGACUGCAGGUAACUGAACAGAUUGCAGAAAUGUAUUGAAUUUUAUGAAACCAGUGGCACAAAUAUUUGAGUCCUGUAUUAGAGUCUGUGAGCAAAGACAUGAUAAGUGUUAAGUGGGUAUAACUGAGAUUUUUAAAUCUUGAGAGAUGCUUUCAGAGUAGAGUGAAAUAUUGAGGGUGUUGUAUAUAAGCAGUCAAACGUAAGCUGCUUACUAUCUUCAGUUUUCCAGAAGUGAUAGCAUUUUUCAGUAAAUGUGAUGCAGUUAAAAAACCAAAAAUCUUGGAGAACUAAGACGGGUCUUGUUUAAAAUGUCUCUUCAGCUUUGGCAAAUUUUGAACCUGAAUCAACUAUUGAAAGCAUUACUGUGUCUUGUAGCCUGCAUUCCACGACAGCUCUGUUAUUCAGGUAAACCACGUGAACUGACUCGUUUGGGACCUAUACUGUAAUAUUUUUCAUUGAGGAACAAUAUCCUAUUUUGUAAAGCAUUUCCCUGUGUGUGACUUUAAACUGUAAAAUUAAACAUUGGCUUUGUGGUUUCAGUGGGCUUAAUAAAUGUUAAUUGUAAACUAGG